GGUAACACAGUCAUCAUGACGGUUAAUAUUAUUGAUCGUUCAAAACCUAAUAACGUCUCUGAUAUUCACUCUGAAAUGGAAACUGAAAAACUAACAAGAAAAGACGAUGAUUCACCUGUUUCUCAAUACAUAGGAACAGACUAUAAGUACAAACAUGAGAUCGUUUGGAAAAAUGCUAUUGGAUUUUUAAUUCUCCAUAUACUUGGUAUAUGGGGUUUUGUAGUGAUGUUAACAGGACAAAUUAAUUUGAAAACGUUUUUAUGGAUGGUAUCUUACGCUUACAUUGGAGUAGAAGGAGUGACGAUUGGUGCUCAUAGGCUGUUUACUCAUAAAUCUUUCAAGGCCACACCAUUUCUUAAAGCUACUUUAAUUUUGAUGCAAACCAUUUCUGGACAGAACUCGAUGUUUAUUUGGUGCCGUGACCAUCGCCUCCAUCACCGUUACACCGACACCGAUGGAGAUCCUCAUAACUCAAAACGAGGCUUCUUCUUCUGUCACAUCGGAUGGCUGAUGACGAAAAAACAUCCUUAUGUCAUCGAGUUAGGAAGAAAAAUUGAUAUGAGUGAUCUGCAAGCUGACUGGAUGGUAAUGCUGCAAAAAAAAUACUACUAUGAAAUGUACUUUUUACUGGCAUUUUUGAUUCCUGUGUGGGUUCCAGUGUAUUAUUUUGAUGAGUCGUGGCUAAGCUCCGUUCUCUGCUGUUACUUCUUUCGCUACGUUGCAACUUUAAAUGGCACGUGGUUGGUCAAUAGCGCUGCGCAUCUAUAUGGGACUAGGCCCUAUGAUAAAAAUCUCCAGCCGGUAGAAUCCUGGUUUGUCUCGUUCAUCAGUUUGGGCGAGGGCUGGCACAACUACCACCACGCCUUCCCCUGGGACUAUAAGGCUGCAGAACUCUCGAUGCAUUUCAAUCAAUCAGCGUCAAUCAUCAGAUUCUUUGAGAAGAUCGGGUUGGCUUAUGACUUGAAGACCGCUUCGCCAGAAAUGGUAAAAAAUAGAAUUAAAAGAACUGGUGAUGGAACCCACUACGAACUAGGAAAUGAAGAAUCUAAGAAAAUGGUGGACGCACGUGGUAUUCUACACCCAUUGAACCCUAGCUAUAAUGUUGUCUAUGAACCCCCCCAAAUAAAACUUAAACUUGAAGGCCUGCCUCUCUUCCACGAAAAGGAUGUUCUGACUGAUAACUCACCUGUACGUCUUAUUGGAUCUCACUAAUUACCAAAUGAAAAUUACUAUAAAUUAAUUGUUAACUUACAUGUUUUAUUGACCUAGAACAAGCUUAAUUUAAUUAGUGUUAGACUUAUGAAUGUUUAAGUCCAACUUUUACCUUUUUUUUUUUUUUUGUAAUAAAGUUAAUGAAACAAAAAAUAAAUAAACAAUUUACUUAUAUGGAUAUAUAUGAAUAAGUACAUUUUAUAGGAUAUAGGUACAUUUUAUAGGAAUAUUUUUCUAAUAAAAAAAUAAAUAUA